AUGAGUUCUGCACACUCGUCUGAGUACUCGAAUUCACCUUCAUCAUCGUCAAGUACAGACCUAAAUUCUCUUUCAGACUUGGAGGAAUUAAUCCAGAGUUCGGUAUUGGCACCGGAGUUGCGGUCACAUAAGAAAAGGGCAGGAAGAAAGAUCUUUAAGGAAACUAGACAUCCAGUUUAUAGAGGAGUAAGAUUGAGGAAGAAUGAUAAAUGGGUAUGUGAAGUUAGAGAACCCAAUAGCAAAUCAAGAAUAUGGCUAGGAACUCAUUCAACACCUGAGAUGGCAGCUAGAGCUUAUGAUGUUGCUGCAUUGGCUCUUAGAGGGAAUUUGGCUCCAUUAAAUUUUGAAGAUUCUCUAUGGGUGUUACCUCGUGCUAAGUCAUCAGCGGCUAAAGAUAUUCAAAUUGCUGCUGCCGAAGCCGCCCGUGCAUUUCCACUCCCCACUUACUCAAAAUCAUCAUCAAUUAGAAGGAAAUCAUCACAAUCUGUUACCUCUAAAGCAUCCAGAACAAUUGAAUUUGCAGAGACAUUUACCGAUACCUCUCUAAGGCCGGAGGCAUUUUUCGAUGAAGAAGCGUUGUAUUAUAUGCCGGCAUUAAUUGACAGCAUGGCUGAAGGGAUGCUACUUGAUCCACCACCACAAGACUUUUACUAUUUCGACGCCGUGGCGUGCAGGGCAGACAGCAGUUUGUGGAGUGCCUAG